UGGCGGCUUCCAUGGAACAUGAGGAAAGUGUAACCACAAGUAUAGUUAAAGAAAUUAAAAAUAAACCAACAAAAAAACCUUCUGUAAGGUUGAAAGCUGGUGCUAGUUUGGUGCGAUUUAAACCUUUAUUUUCAUACGAUGCAAAAUAUUUACUUGUACCUUCCGGAAAUGUUGUUAAAGUAUUUAGUACUUUAAGUGGAGAAUGCAUUAGAACUCUUAAAGGACACAAACUUCUUGUUGUUUCACUUCAGAUUAAUCCUACGAACCAUGUACAGAUACUCAGCUGUGAUGAAAGUGGUGUCAUUAUUCAGUGGGAUUAUGUUGAUGGGACAGCCAUCAAGGUGUACAGAUUGACUUUGAAGCAUUCAGUAAAAGCUUUUUACGCCCCUCAUUCUAGUCAACCUUGGUAUGUUAUCACACAGGUUGAAGGAAAAGAUGUAUAUCAGCUUCUGUCAGUGUCAAAGGACGUCCAGACAAGAACACGAUUCAUUCUUCAACCUGUUUACCCUCAGCAGAAUUGUGUAGCCUUUGGAGAAAAGGGUCAGUUUGUUGCAGGUAUUUAUGAAAAUGAACUUCGUAUUUUUGACCUGAAAAGUAAAAAUUUUAAUAUUCACAAAGCUGGAAAUGUCAGAUUAACUUGUAUAGCUUGUCAUCCUUCUCGAGGCUUUAUAGCAACAGGUGAUGAUAUGGGGAAGAUAAUAGUUUGGGCAAAUUUUAUCAAAAGUAACCAUCCAACUCGUUCAAUCUAUCAUUGGCACACACUCUUAGUAGCAGAUCUUGAAUUUUCAGCAGAAGGAACUUAUUUGUACAGUGGUGGAGGAGAAUGUGUUCUUGUGAAAUGGAAACUUGGUUCUGAUAAUCGAUAUUUUUUACCUCGUAUGGGUCUGCCUAUCUGCCAUGUUGCAGUGGCACCAACUAAUAGUUAUGUUGCAACAUCCCAUCUGGAUAAUGUCUACAUCGGAGGUAUUGUUGGAAAACAUCUUCCUGGUGUUAAACAAAUGGAAAGCCCACUGUCUACUGGUCUUCUUCAUGAUCCACGUACUAAUGCCCUGGUUCUAAAUGGAAAACCUGGGCACUUGCAGUUUUACCACCUUGAAAAUGAUAAGCAAAUGUUUAAUUUAGAUAUAGUUGACCAAAACCUUGCAACCCAAGAACGACAUCAAUGUGUCAUCAAUAGAGAAGUAACUAAAGCUUGUAUAGAUAAUAAUGGUGAAUGGCUUGGAACAGUUGAACUUCGUGAUGAUGGGGAGACAAAUAUAGAGAUUAAGCUAAAAUUUUGGUGGUUUGAUUCACUUUCUCAAAGGUUCACUUUAAAUACUUGUGUCAAUCUUCCUCACCAUAAGAAAAUCUAUGUUAUCAAGUUUAAACCAGUAAAUAAAUGUCAAGAUAAGUCUCUGUAUCAGCCAUUAGCAGUUACAACCAGUGAAGAUAGAAAAUUCAAACUAUGGGGCUUAGUUGAUGAUGCUGACACAGACAUUCAUGGUAAACAACUGUGUUGGAACUGUCAGUCUGUUGGCUUUUACCGUAAUAUGGUUGCCAAGGAUGCUGAUUUCUCCACAGAUGGGUCCCUUCUCGCUGUAAGUUUUGACCAUAUAGCUACACUUUGGGAAUCAGAGACAAAUGCUUUAAAGGCAACAUUGUGUCAUCCAAGAAGUGAAGAAAAUAUCAGCCAAGUAUUGUUUGGUCAGAAAAGUUGCUGUCACCUGGUGGUUUGUGCAACACCUACUUCAAUCACUGUGUGGAAUAUUUUAUCUCUGACAGUUGCAUGGAACAUCCAGUGUGAACUUUGUCUUCUUACUGUAGAUAUUUCCUCAGAUCUUAUGGCAGCAUUCAGUAAAGACAAAACUUUGUAUAUCUUCAGACCUAGCAACCCUGAGCCUGUAUAUAUUCAUGAAAAUGUUACUUCUGAGCCAGUUCUUGGUGCAGCAUUUAUUCCAAAAACAAAUUUUCCCAGUGGUGACCUCUGGUGGCAACACAACAGUCAGCUGUACUUCAUGACAGAGAAACAGGAACUGUUAACUAUUACUGAUGAACCAGACCCAGAACCUGAAGAUUCACAGAUGAAGUUACAACAAAACUUAUCCACCACACCAUUUGGACAAUUAAUGGCUCAGAAGCGUAAGACAGAUGUUGAGCCCUCACAACCUAAAACUCAACUGUCCCAAGGAAUUCUGGGAUUAAACGAGGUUAACCAGAUCCUGGAAGUCCCUUCUCAUGUCCUCCCUCCAGUAGGACUUUUGUGUUCAAAUUUCAUGACAUCAUUGCUGACUCAUCAAACAGCAAAAACUUGGAAUUUUCAAGAAAGUGAUGAAGAGGAAGAAGACAGGAAAGAAAAAGAUAGCAGUCAGUCAGAAACAGAUGAAGAAGAUAAACUGGGAGUAACAAUAACUAAAAAUGACAAAGAAAUUGCAAUAAAGAAUGAAAAACUGGCCGGAAAUGAACUCAAAGUAACACAGGAACAGUUAAUAGAAAAUUUAACAUCUAUUGAGUCAGAAAACUAUAGUUGGUUAACAGAAUUAUGGUGUGCAUGAGGUGGUUAAACUGCAACACAUUCACGGACUGUUGAACAACUAAUAUGUGCUGAAGAGGAAAAUACACUGUUACAAAAAGUUCUAACAUAUUUUGUAUAUUUUUACAAGAAAUAAAAGUACUUUGUAGGUUUAAUUUA